UUCAUCUCUGGCCUGAAAUGGGGUUGCCGCCACGACGCAGCUAGCCUUCUGAUGGCGAUGUCUUCGCUUGCCGCCGCCAAAAGCAAAUCUUUUCUCUCGCGCCUUAAAACCCUUCUCACCUUCCAGAAUUUCAAUCACACUCUUACUGAAAUGUGCCCUCCUCCAGUUUUUGAGCGAGAUGAUGGUGUAGGGGAAAUUGAAUUUUCAAAAUGGAGAAAGCUGGAUGCAAGGAAAAUGGGGAUAAAUCAAUCAAUGAUACCGAUGUCCCCGUGGAUUGUCCUGAAGAUUCUUAAAAAUGAAGGUUUUGAGGCAUACUUUGUUGGCGGAUGUGUGAGAGAUUUAGUCCUGAAGCGAGUACCAAAAGAUUUUGAUGUGAUCACAUCAGCCGCACUUACUCAGGUGCGAAAGAAGUUUCAUCGAUCUAUGAUCAUAGGAAGGCGAUUUCCUAUAUGUCAAGUGAAUAUCAAAGGCAGUGUAGUGGAGGUAUCAAGCUUCCAAACACGUGCACAACAUAAUGAUGGGAAGGAUGGCAAGUUUUCUGUCUCUCAAUUGCCAAAAGGAUGUGAUAAAAAGGACCUUGGUCGUUGGAGGAAUUGCAUGCAUCGCGACUUUACUGUUAACAGCUUGUUCUUUGAUCCUUUUGUGAAUAAAAUCUAUGAUUAUGCUGAUGCACUUUCAGAUUUGAAGUUAUCAAAGCUGCGGACUUUAAUUCCUGCCAAACUGUCAUUUGAAGAAGAUUGUGCAAGGAUCUUGCGUGCCUUGAGACUAGCAGCUCGUCUGGGCUUGUCUUUUUCAGAAGAUACUGAAAGUGCUAUACAUAAGCUCUCUUCAUCCAUCCUGAGCUUAGCUAAGUCUAGGAUCUUGAUGGAAUUAAACUAUAUGCUGUCUUAUGGGGCUGCUGAGCCUUCGCUAUCUUUACUUCGGAGAUUCCACCUACUUGAGAUCCUGCUACCUCUCCAAGAGGCACAUCUUACUCAACAAGCUCAUAUAUCUGGUCAAAGUCCCUCGAUGCUGAUGAAACUAUUUUCCAAUUUGGAUAAGUUGGUUAGUUGUGAUCGACCUGCUGAUAGCUCCUUGUGGGUUGCAAUAUUGGCCUUUCACUUGGCAUUAAUUAGUAAUCCUCAACAUCCUCUUGUUGUGUUAACCGUUGCAUCAGUACUUUUUCAUGGAAAGUGGGAAGAAGGUGUCAAAUUUGCAAGACAGCAUGCUCAAGAAGUGCAAAUUUAUAUUCCUGAAAUUGCAAGUUGCUCUGACUCAAUAUCAGAUGAUGAACUUGCUGAUAAAGUUAGUGAGUUGGCUGUGCAAGUGCAAAACUCUGUCUGUUUUUUGUCUGAAGCGGAAAUCCUUCUUAAAGAGAUGGCAAAAUUUCCAGCAUUCGAGUGCCCUGGCUUGGUAUUUGUACCCAAGAAGUUGGGGGCCUCUGCAAAGCAGAUAUUUGAUGUGCUAGUGAGAGAUUUGACAUUCCUAAGGACAAAAAGAGCAAGUAUGGAAAUAAAUUAUGAUUCCUUAAAGAAAGGAAACGCUCGUGAGGCAAGAUUUGUCCUUGGCCAAAUCAUUUUGCAUACAUUGGGUUGUGAACUUGUCAUAGGAGAUGAGGUGAUGAGAAAAGAUAAAAUUAGAUUGCAUGCACUUGAUCCAGAAAAGAAUGCAGAGAUACUGGCAGAAAAUUCUCCUCUUGUUGUUGAUCAGAGGAAAAAGACUGAUACAAAACGCACUGUAAAAGCUGCUAAUUUUGCGGAAGAACAAGUAGUUUCCAAGAAGCAGAAGUUGUUUGAAAAGAUUGGUGGACUUUCUGAGCUAGGAAGAGAUAUGGAUCAAAUGCUAACUGCUGAUACAGAGUCAAUGGAUCUAGAUGGGAAAAAGCAAGAUUUGUUAGAGGACGAUUCCUGCUCAGAGGUUGCUAAGAAGUGUCGCAAAGGGAAGAGUAAAGAAACAGGCAGUUUGCUGCAGGUUUAUGCAAGUAAGAUGCUGGAAAAGGCAGAUAGUCAUGGGGUGCCUCGAGAAGAGAUAAAAUCAAUGCUGGAAACUCUGAAAUUUCAAGCAGGGAAACAUGAGGCUCCUGUUAAGGAGCAGAAGACAUCUGGUGAUGAAGAGUACAAGAAGAGUGCUGAGAAGCAUUUGAAGCUUUUGGAGCAAGUAAAUAAUGAUGUUGCAAGAAAGCAGCCAAAAUCUAAAGAGAGUUGCCUUUUGCAUCAGGAACCAGAUACUGAGCAACAGAAUGUGGUGGUUGAGUAUAUCGGAGGUAAUGUACAUCAAAAUAGGCGCGUUCUGGAGAAGGGUGUAAAUCAUAAAAAUGAGAAACUAGAAGGCAGACCUCAAACACUUUCUAGUCUAUUCAAAUGAACCUGUUAUAUUAGAUCUAAUCUUCUGUUUUAGAAUGUCACUAGUAGUCCUGCUAAGUAGUGGCAUUGAGUGCAUGGCAGCAAAAGUUCGUUUCAUCGUAACAAGUCGCCAGUUUUUGAUAGCGAAGAUUAUAGAGAGAAUUAAGCGCCAAUUUGUCGGUCUAGCCCCGUGAUAUACUUUGCUAUUAUGAGAAUGUUUACUCUCUACAUUCCGAGCUUGA